AUGCUGCCACCUUCUGCACUCUCAACAUUACCACUAUCUUCUGUGUCUUUACAACCUUCAAAUCAAGCGAAAGGGGUUAGCAUGUUAUUAAUAGAUGCAGUUCUCAAGAAACAUAGUGUCAAACUUGGAUUUAUGUCUACAUUUGUAAAGGCUUCUACUAUUGCACUCCAGAAAGUUCCACCUGUCAAUGCAUCUAUUGCAGAAUUUGGUGAUACUAUUAUAUUCAGGAACUAUGUUAAUAUGAGCAUUGCAGUUGCUAUACCAAAAGAACCUACAAUUUUUUCUAAUUUAAUUCUAUUUGGGUAUUACACACGAGAUUCUUUGGAUCCUGCCAUAGACCCAGCGGCUGGGGCACUCAACACUACUUUGAGAAGGAAGGCUAAAAAAAAGCCUCAGAGAAGGAGUAAGAAUUUACUCAAUGAUGAAAUCUAG